CAUCCCAGUUACCUAGCAACUGACUCCACAAGCGAAAACGAAAUAAAUACAGACGUUAUUGAUAUUAUAUUAAAUUAUUAUAUUAUAUUGCUUGUAGUCAAAGUCCCCUCAUAAAAUGGCAAAGUUUGUGCUGGCUGGCAAAACAGACUGCCCAUAUUAUGCCAAAGCAGAACUUUUGGCCGACAGGUUGCAGCAUUCUUUGCCGAAUUUCCGCAUUCACAAGAUCUCAAUCCUCCCAGAUGAAUGGAAGGAUUGGCUAGAAGACACGUGCAUAAGAAAUGGCUGGAAACAUGAAGAGUCCCCGCUAGUGUGGAGAGAACUGGUGCACCAAGGAGGCAAAGGGGUGUUCUUAGGGGGCUUCGAUGACUUUUUAGAGCACUGUCAGAAGUACUACAACAUAACAUCAGACAUGUCUGAAGAAUUGAUGCAGAGUAUUGCAGAAGAAAACCUUGUCACCAAGGUCAACCUUAUUAUGGAGGAGCAGCAUCGCGCCAGUCUCAUCCAACCCCUUCACAUAUGGAUCAGCAGCGCCCUCAACCCAACAUGCAACAUGCUGAUCCCCAGUCUGCUCUCCGCUGAGGUGGUGUCCCAAGCCUCUGCCAUUAGCCUCCAUCUCCUGGAUCUGGAAGGCAACCAGGAGGAACUACAAUCGCUGAAGAUGGAGACUGAAGAUCUGGCUCUGCCUCUGCUUCAUCAGGUGACCAUUCACACAGAUCUGAAGGAAGCUUUCCAGAAAGCUGAGAUCAUCCUCCUGCUGGAUGACCACUUGUCUGAAGUCAAUGAUACGAAGGAUGUGCAGGAACGAAAGAAGAUAAAAGCAAUUGCAGACCUGUACACUGAAUACGGGCAGUUGAUUGAGGCAAGGGCUAGUAGCAAUGUGAAGGUGAUUGUGUCCGGUGGGUCGCUUGUGAACCUCAGAUGCUCAUUUCUACUGAAAGCGUGCUCAAUUGACAGCCGUCACUUUGUUGCCGUUGCAACUCAGUUGGAGAAUGAAGCUAGGGCCGCCAUCGCCAACAAGCUCAAAGUGAGGACUUCAGAGGUGACAGACGUCAUUGUGUGGGGAGAUGUUGGUGACAGCUUCUACAUUGACCUCCAGAGGGCAAAAGUUUUUAAUUACAAUGGACCAAUCAAAGGGCCACCCUUCUUUUCCCAACCAGUACUUGAGAUUGUUUAUGACAGGGAAUGGUUGGAGAGCGACUUCCAAGAUAUUGUGCGUUGUCACCAAGCAGCUGUAGUUUCAAAGACCUGUCACGGAACUCACAUGUCAACUGCCAACGGGAUCCUCACCCUCCUAAAGGCAUGGAAUGGGACAUCCAUUCUCAGUCAGGUGUUCUCUGUGGGGGUCUUGUGUGCAGGCCAUUACGACCUCCCAGGCGACGUGGUCCUGUCAGUGCCAGUGACUUUCACAGAUGGCCAGUGGUCCGCGAUGUCCGACGUGACUGUUGGAGAUGAUCUGAAGGAGAGACUUCAUCUUUCUGCAAGUGAACUCAGGAAAAAGAUGUUGAUCGAGCAAACCACAAGUCAAGGACAAGCCUGAAUAAAACUACAAAACUGUUAAAGGUCCCCUUUCAUCAGAAUCCAAUUUUUUUUCUGCUGUUUUAUGUAUGCAUUAUGUCAAAUUUAGCCUGUGACAUGGUUUGACAUCUAUGCGGUUUGGUCGAUUGAAUGCUAAAAUCAAUCAACAGCAGAAGACUUGCAAAACAGGUGGCUUUGAAAUUGUUGACACUGUAACGUAGUUUUGUCAAUUAAUAUCAAGUACCUGCCCACUCCGUGGUUGGUACACACCCACCCACCAGGUAGGCUGGAAUGGACAGAAGAACAGGGAAGCAGGGAGGAAAAAAAUCUAAUCAAAUCAAAGGAACCAGCCCGGGUGACUUGACACGCUGACUGUGGCCACUUACAACACACCGCUCCAAGCUUCUCAGUAGAAGAUCCCACGAUUGGACCAAUCAGCUGCUUUUCAUGUUUAAACUGGGGAAGAUGAGCAGUCCAAUAAGAGCAGAGCUUAUUUACAUGGCACACACAAUAAUGAGAAAUCCAACUGUCUCAAAUGCCAGGAAGACGAGACCAACUAGAAUAGCUUGAAAAAGGACAU